CCGGACUUCAGUAUGAGCUGGUCACCUUCCCUACCAACCCAGACAUGUGGGGCCUGGGAAAUGAAAGAGCGGCUUGGGACAGGGGGAUUUGGGAACGUCAUCCGAUGGCACAAUCAGGAGACGGGCGAGCAGAUCGCCAUCAAGCAGUGCCGGCAGGAGCUCAGUCCCCGGAACCGCGAGCGCUGGUGCCUGGAGAUCCAGAUCAUGAGGAGGCUGAACCACCCCAACGUGGUGGCCGCCCGGGAUGUCCCUGAAGGCAUGCAGAGCCUGGCUCCCAACGACCUGCCCCUGCUGGCCAUGGAGUACUGCCAGGGCGGGGAUCUGCGCAAGUACCUGAACCAGUUUGAGAACUGCUGCGGCCUGCGGGAAGGAGCCAUCCUCACCUUGCUGAGCGACAUCGCCUCUGCGCUCCGGUACCUUCACGAGAACAGGAUCAUCCAUCGGGAUCUGAAGCCAGAAAACAUUGUCCUGCAGCAAGGGGAGCAGAGAUUAAUACACAAAAUUAUUGACCUGGGAUACGCCAAGGAGCUGGACCAGGGCAGCCUCUGCACUUCCUUCGUGGGGACCCUGCAGUACCUGGUAAGAGGCGGGGUUCCCGGCUCCGCGCGUCAGCCUCUCUCGGGAGGCCGUGGCCGCGGGGCUCUGCUUCCUCCCUGGCCUUCUGCGUCUGAGCUUGCCGGCUCUCUGGAUGAUUCCUGGAUGCACAGGAAACACGCUGGUGUGCCCUUCUAUGACCUGGUGUUGGACCUGGAGGGUGAGAGGGUCCAGGGGCUGCGGGAUGAAGACGGAGUUCCAGGCGCGGGGGCAGGAGGCGUCCGGAAGGCAUGGCCGGAGCCAGAGAAGGAGGAGGAAGGCAUCUCGAGUGUCCACGUCCACAGGCACUCCAAAGUCCGGCAGAAGAGCGAGAUGGACAUCGUGGUGAGUGAGGACCUGAACGGGGCCGUGAAGUUCUCCAGCUCGCUGCCGCACCCCAACAACCUCAACAGCGUCCUGGCCCAGCGGCUGGAGAAGUGGCUUCAGCUGAUGCUGAUGUGGCACCCGCGCCAGAGGGGCACCGACCCCGUCUACGGGCCCAAUGGCUGCUUCAAGGCCCUGGACGACAUCUUGAACUUGAAGCUGCUUCACGUCCUGAACAUGGUCACAGGCACCAUGCACACGUACCCUGUGACCGAGGACGAGAGCCUGCAGAGCCUGAAGGCGCGCAUCCGCCAGGACACCGGCAUCCUCGAGGAGGACCAGGAGCUGCUGCAGGAGGCGGGGCUGGCCCUGAUCCCCGACCGGCCCGCCGCGCAGUGCCUCUCGGACGGCAAGCUGAACGAGGGCCGCACGCUGGACAUGGACCUCGUUUUCCUCUUUGACAACAGCAGGGUCGUCUAUGAAAGCCAGGUCUCCCCACAGCCCCAGCCGGAAAGCGUCAGCUGCAUCCUACAAGAGCCCAAGAGGAACCUCCCGUUCUUCCAGCUGCGUAAGGUGUGGGGCCAGGUCUGGCACAGCAUCCAGGCACUGAAGGAAGACUGCAGCCGCCUGCAGCAGGGCCAGCGCGCAGCCAUGAUGAAUCUGCUGCGGAACAACAGCUGUCUGUCCAAGAUGAAGAACUCGAUGGCUUCCAUGUCCCAGCAGCUCAAGGCCAAGCUGGACUUCUUUAAGACCAGCAUCCAGAUUGACCUGGAGAAGUACAGGGAGCAGACAGAGUUUGGGAUCACGUCAGACAAGCUGCUGCUAGCCUGGAGGGAAAUGGAGCAGGCCGUGGAGCUCUGCGGACGGGAGAACGAGGUGAAGCACUUGGUGGAGCGGAUGAUGGCCCUACAGACGGACAUCGUGGACCUGCAGCGCAGCCCCAUGGGCCGGAAGCAGGGUGGCACGCUGGACGACCUAGAAGAGCAGGCGCGGGAGCUUUACCGCAGGCUGAGGGAGAAACCGAGAGACCAGCGGACUGACGGCGACAGCCAGGAAAUGGUGCGGCUGCUCCUGCAGGCAAUCCAAGGCUUUGAGAAGAAAGUGCGAGUGAUUUAUACGCAGCUCAGUAAGACCGUGGUCUGCAAGCAGAAGGCCCUGGAGCUGCUGCCCAAGGUGGAGGAGGUGGUCAGCCUGAUGAGCGAGGACGAGAAGACGGUGGUGCGGCUGCAGGAGAAGCGGCAGAAGGAGCUCUGGAACCUCCUGAAGAUCGCAUGUAGCAAGGUCCGGGGUCCCGUCAGUGGAAGCCCGGACAGCAUGAACGCCUCCCGCCUGAGUCACCCUGGCCAGCUGAUGUCGCAGCACUGCGCGGCUUCCGACAGCUUGCCCGAGGCCGCCAAGAAGAGUGAAGACCUGGUGGCCGAAGCGCACACCCUGUGCGCCCAGCUGGAGAACGCCCUGCAGGACACCAUGAAGGAGCAGGACCAGAGUUUGCGGUCUCUAGACUGGAGCUGGUUGCAUUCGGAGGAGGAGGAACAGCAGAGCCUGGAGCGGGCCUCGUGACGGUGGGCAGCCCUGGCCAUGGUGGGCUGCCUGGCCCAAGGCCCCAGCAUCAUCGUGCCUGGUGUCCUUGGCACCCAGAUGGAGAUCGCGCUCCUCCAGCAGCCGUGACGGUCACCGUGGACCGAAGGCGUGGCCCUCCGUGGGCACGGCCAGCAGCUCGUCCGCUCGCCGGAUUUCCUCUGCUUUAGAGGCCCAGCGGACGUGGAUCCGGGGGAGCAGCAUGUAGGAGAUGCUGCCGGGGCCGCCACCGCCCCCGCGUGGGGAGAGGAGUGCUCCAGACACGGUGGCCGCACCCAGCUGGCUCCCAGGACGAAGUCUGAGCGGCGCUCAGUGCCGCCUGCCUCCUCCUGACCCCUCCUGCUCUCCAGAGGAGGCCAGUCUUCAUGGUUCACGGUUCUCCUGGAUCUGGCUUCUCUUGAGCAGACCUCGAAACCGCGGAUCCUGCCCUGCCCCAUCCUCCUUCCUCCUGUGAUCUCACUGCUGCUAACGUUUGUCCUUCCACCUGCGACCUGCAGCCAGGCUGCGGUCCUUCCAGCCAGCGUGACUGUCUGGAGCCAGGAGGGAACAGCAUCUCCCUUCCUGCAGGUCCCAAAGAGUCCCUGGGAGCGAGCUACCUUGGAGAAGAAGGAAAGAAGGAAGGGGUGUCUGUCACCCACCAGCCUGCUGACCCCCUGUGCCCACAGCCCUGCCCCGUGUGUGGCCGUGGGGGGAUGGGGGAGGUCCCGCCCCUCGUAUCCUCUCGCGGUAUUAUUUAGUGAAUGUAUUUAAAAAACAGAUUCUCUUAUUUUGCAACAUGACUCAGAUCCCACUAUUUUUAUAAUACCUCUGGUUAGGACUUAACAAACUCAAAACCCAACUGCAAUGGAACGUUUGAAGAAAUCAAGCGGUGCCAGAGCCCGCACUGCCUCUCUGUCGUCUCACAAAAGCUUCUCCUCCAUGUAACAGAAGGACUGCAUGGUGAGCUUGGGUGAUCCCGAGCAGGCAGGUGUGGUUGGAGAAGAAAGCCGGACAAGAAGAAUUUCACAGAGUGCCUUCCGUGGAGGCGGUACCAUGGGUUCCAUGUAAAGGACGUUUGGGGAACAGCGGUUCAUGCUUUAAGUGCCUCUUAGAGAUUCACACUGUGCACUGGUUUACUGAAGGAUCUGAAAGUCCUGUGAUAAUAAACUGGCUUACUUCUGCCUAAAUCCA